CAACAAUAAGGCUUUAACAUGGCAAAGUCAGUGAUGGCCUCCACGCCAUUCCUUUCUUGUCCUCCUCCAUACAACAAUGCACUAAUCAGAUCCCUCCACUUGUCUCCUCCUCCUUCUUCCUCUUUCUUCGCCGUAACCAUGUCCACCACCACCAUCCCACACCCACACCCCUCCUUCGAAAUCCUCGGAGGCGCACGUGACCGUUUCCUCCCUGCUCUCCCCUUCUUGGCUCGUCCCUACCACCCUUUCCCCUUCCUUGCUUGGAACCGCCACAUAGAGACCAUCUUCGCCUCCUUCUUCCGCUCCACCCCCGACGUCAAGCUCCGCCGUCAGUGCCUCAGAACCCAGGACGGCGGCGCUGUCGCUCUUGACUGGGUUUCCGGUGAUGACCCAAGUUUACCCCCCGAUUCUCCUCUCCUCAUUCUGCUGCCAGGCCUGACUGGAGGUAGUGGGGAUUCUUAUGUGAGGCACUUGUUAGCUAGAGCUCGGAGUAAAGGGUGGCGUGUUGUGGUAUUCAAUAGUCGUGGUUGUGGAGAUAGCCCUGUUACCACUCCUCAGUUCUAUUCAGCUUCGUUUUUAGGGGAUAUGCAUGAGGUUGUUUCCCAUGUCUCUGCUAGAUAUCCCGAGGCCAAUUUAUAUGCUGUUGGUUGGUCACUAGGGGCAAACAUUCUAGUUCGUUACUUGGGUCAGGAAUCCCUCAACAGCCCUAUUUCUGGUGCUGUAUCAUUGUGUAAUCCUUUCAAUUUGGUUGUGGCAGAUGAGGACUUCCGAAAGGGCUUUAACAUUGUUUAUGACAAGGCUCUUUCAAAGGCUCUCUGCAAGAUUUUCAAAAAGCAUGCUUUACUCUUUGAAGAUAUAGGUGGUGAUUAUAAUAUUCCUAUGGCAGCGAACGCCAAGUCUGUUAGGGAGUUUGAUGAUGGAUUGACUCGUGUUUCUUUUGGAUUCAAGUCCGUGGAUGAAUACUAUUCUAAUUCAAGCAGCUCGGAUUCCAUAAAACAUGUCCAAACCCCUCUGCUUUGCAUCCAGGCAGCCAAUGAUCCGAUUGCUCCAAAUAGGGGCAUUCCUCGUGAAGAUAUCAAGGAAAAUCCAAACUGCUUGUUAAUAGUGACACCUAAUGGUGGCCAUUUGGGAUGGGUUGCUGGUGAUGAAGCUCCAGUUGGAGCCCCUUGGACUGAUCCUCUAGUAAUGGAUUUUCUUCAACAUCUAGAAAAUAGAGAAGCAGUUAAAGCCCCAAACACCUCUAGUAACAAAGGAGAUAAAGAGACCUUGUACCACCUGCAAGUGUAGUGUGGCGCUUAGCACUUUGCAGGGUGUAUAUUUCAUUUUUUAUACAUGGAAUUCUUGAAUAUUCUUCAACAUAUUUGUAGUCCCCGGAAGCAACAGGGAUUCUAGCAGAACAUGGAUGCUCAGAGAAAGUAAAUAGAAAUAAUAAUUGUGGAACAAGCUUAGUGCUGUAAUUGGCUUAACAUUCAUUACCUGUAAUUUAUUUAUGGAAUUUUCUAAAUUGUAUUACCUGAUUUGUUUUAUGAAACUUUAUUAUUACACUUC